CUCAUUUGGAGAUCCAUAUUUUCAUCCUUUCUUUAAAUAUCAUAUUAUCUGACUUGAUUUGGCGACGUGGGUCAACACGGAAUCCAAAAUUCUUGCAGCAGCUCAAACCCCAACAGUGGAUCGAUCAAAUCAAGAGAUAGAAAAUGGGAUUCUAGUAACGCAAAUGCUUCAACUGAACCCUUCAUUGGAAGCUUUGCGGCUAUGGGUUCUUCUUCUCGUUUAUCCUUCUCCCUUUCUUUCAACUCCCCACCAUUUUCAACCAACUGUAGCAGUAAAAACAAGUGUAAAAGAGCUUUCCUUCCCAUCUCUUCAAUUUCAUAUCAGAAAUUUGUUCAAUUCGCUUUGGAUGAAACCAAACUUCACACCCAUCUCUUUCCCUCCCCUUUACAGGAAAAAUAUAAUUCCAUGAUUUCCUUGGACAAAAAAGUCAAGCUUGAAAUGUUAUCUUUCCAAGCUCCAAAGAUCAGACUACUUCGCAGUUUGAAUAUUGAAAGUGAAACAAUGCAGGUUUUAGAUCUUGCUGCAUUCCCAGAACCAGAAUUUGAUGUUCCUAUAUUUUGCGCAAAUAUUUUCACUGCUGCAAGUUCAAGUAUAGUAGUACUGGAUCUCAACCCUUUGCAUGAUGUUAUCACUCAAAGAGAUUAUAGAGAAAAGUACUAUAAAAGCUUACUGCAUCUUGGAACUAAAUAUGCUGAGCUCUUACCCUGGGGCGGAAAGCUUACAAGCGAGUCUUUGAAGUUUUUCUCCCCCAUUGUGAUAUGGUCCAAGUUUUCUUCGACCGAGUCCAAGUACGAUAUAUUGUUUUCUGCAUUCGUGGAUUACUACAAGGCAUGGCUUGAGCUCAUGGACAAUACUGGGGAGGAAACUAUCCCGUCUCGACUUUUGAUUAAUAGAGAAGCACAACACAGAUACUUGUCGUGGAGGGAAGAAAAGGAUCCGGGACACGGUCUUCUAAGAAAAUUAAUCGGGGAGAUGCUUGCAAAGGACUUGGUGAGAAAUUUCUUGUUCAAUGGCAUCGACGAGCUCGGAAGCAAAAGGUUUCUGGAUUACUUUCCAGAGUACUGCUGUGAAGAUGGUAGUAUCAACACGAAACGUAGUAUGGCUGGAAAGUCAUACGAACAUCGACCUUGGGAUAAAACAGGUGAAUUUAUUGGAGAUACCAUCAAAAGCUGAUGUUAGUUCUCUUCCUUACUGAUGUUUUUGGUUGAGUAAAUUGAUGUAGGUGUACUAUGUGAUAAGUUGAAAUUUUGUAACUUGUACAUUAGACUGAGCUCAAAUUUUGCUGAGUUAUUGUUAGCAAGCAAGUUUGGAUGUAUUGCCAUUGAAGUAAUCAAUUCUUCAAUGAGCCUAAACAAUUUUUUGUUUGUCCUUUUAAGUUCGUCCAGCAUUCAGAUUCUUUGUUUUGAUCGGCUUGUGUGGGGGCACCGUCUUUGGGAGCUAUUGUACUUAAAUUACUCUUAGAAAUCUAGUUCCUGAGCUACAAAGAU